AAUUUACUGAACGGGGUACUACUUCCUCUGUGACUGAUGCCAAUGACCUCGAGAAGACAAAGCAAGUUGCCGCCUGCUUGGACUACAGCAAUGACUCUAAUAGCGGAGGCAGCAAAGACGGCUGUGACUCCAACGGCGGUAGAGAUGGCACGCCGCCAUCACAUGACCUAAUGAGAAGGGAUGACGAAAGCCCAGGGCCACUGCACCAGCACGCUGCCACGCCCAGCACCCCCGGCACCCCUGGCCCGGGAGAGGGUUCUCCUGGAAGCGGGGUGGAAUGCCCCAAAUGCGACACUGUCUUAGGUUCCUCGCGUUCACUCGGUGGUCACAUGACCAUGAUGCACUCACGAAACUCCUGCAAGACGCUGAAAUGCCCCAAGUGCAACUGGCACUACAAAUACCAGCAGACCCUGGAUGCCCACAUGAAGGAGAAGCACCCAGAGUCUGGAGGGUCUUGCGUCUAUUGCAGCACAGGUCAGCCCCACCCUCGACUAGCUCGGGGCGAGAGCUACACCUGUGGCUACAAACCCUUCCGCUGCGAGGUGUGUAACUACUCCACAACCACCAAAGGCAACCUUAGCAUACACAUGCAGUCAGACAAGCACCUCAACAACGUGCAGACGCUGCAGAAUGGAGGAACAGAAGCCAUCUACAACCACACCGCUCCGGUCUCGAACACCAGUUUGAGUGGAUGUGGCACGCCCUCACCCUCCAAGCCCAAACAGAAGCCCACGUGGCGAUGCGAGGUGUGCGACUACGAGACCAACGUGGCGCGCAACUUGCGCAUUCACAUGACAAGCGAGAAACACAUGCACAACAUGAUGCUUCUUCAGCAGAAUAUGAAGCAGAUCCAGCACAACCUGCAUCUGGGCUUGGCGCCGGCCGAGGCGGAGCUCUACCAGUAUUACCUGGCCCAGAACAUCGGGCUGACGGGGAUGAAACUCGAGAACCCGUCAGACCCACAGAUGAUGAUCAACCCGUUUCAGCUUGACCCUAGCACUGCUGCAGCUCUGACUCCUGGUCACGUAAAUAAUGAGCUGCCUGCAGAGCUUCGUCUUGCGAGUGGUCAGCUAAUGGGUGAUGACCUGUCCGUUCUCUCUGCCGGGGAGCUGUCACCUUGCAUCAACGACCCGCUGCUGAAACUCUACCAGUGUGCGGUUUGCAACAAAUUCAGCUCCGACAGCCUGGAGGCCCUGAGCGGGCACGUGGCGGCGGAGAGAUCGCUUCCGGAGGAGGAGUGGAGGGCCAUGAUGGGAGACGUCUACCAGUGCAAGCUGUGCAACUACAACACGCAGCUCAAGGCCAAUUUCCAGCUCCACUGUAAGACCGACAAGCACAUGCAGAAGUAUCAGCUUGUGGCCCACAUCAAGGAAGGUGGUAAAUCCAACCAGUGGCGUCUCAAGUGCAUUGCCAUCGGCAACCCGGUGCAUCUGAAGUGCAAUGCCUGCGACUAUUACAGCAACAGUGUGGAGAAGCUGAGACUGCAUGCCACCAACCAGAGGCACGAAGCUGUGCUGAAGGUCUACAAGCACUUGCAAAAACAGGAGAGCGCGUGUAACUCAGAGUCUUGCUACUACUACUGCGCGUUGUGCGACUACUCCACCCGAGCCAAGCUGAACUUACUGCAGCACCUCCGGUCGGUCCAGCACCAGCAGAGCGAGGGACUCCGUAAACUGCAGCUGCAUCAGCAGGGUUUUCCUGCGGAUGACGACAACCUCGCCGAUAUUUUCUUCGUGAAAGACUGCCCUCCGAAUGAAUCCGAAGAACCAAGCGAAGACAGCGAGGAAUCCCCACGAGCAUCCUCAUUGGCCGUGGCCGAGGACAAAGACUCGAGCGGGAGGGACGCCAUAGAGGGCAAGACGACUGAGAAGGACUCUAGAAUUAAUACACUGGCUAAGGAAACCCUUGGGACUGCUACAGCAGGCAAGCGGUCGCUUCAGCAGGAAAAAGAAAAUGACACUCCACCCAAGAGGCCUAAAUCAGCUGAUGACCAGACGCUGUCCAAUGAACAGGUGCAGCAGUGCCCGUACUGUAAUUACAGUAACAAUGAUGCGAACCGUUUACAGUUGCACAUCAUGUCCCAGCAUUCCAUGCAGCCGAUCAUCAGCUGCCCACUGUGUCAGGAUGUCCUCAGUAACAAGAUUCACUUGCAGCUGCAUCUCACUCACCUCCACAGUGUGGCCCCAGAUUGUGUGGAGAAGUUGCUUAUGACGGUUGCGGGUCCAGAUGUUUCAGUGCCCAAUAAUUCCCUGUUGUCUGUAUCAUCACAAGACAAAGUCCCAUCUUUGAUGGAUUGUUCAACUGUUAUCCCAGAGGGAGCUGGAAAACCCAUGGGAAUCGGCUCUAAGGAUACGAAAACCAGCACAGGCCAAGACAAAAAUGAAGCUGAACGUAACAAUGAGGAGCUCAAGCCACCCAAGGAAGCUAUUGAUGGCCCUGACUGGAAGAAGGCUAGCAGUCAAGACAGGAAGAGCCCAGAUUCCCUGCAGGAGCAUCUUAGCGAUCAGCAGAAGCGGCAGCAGCUCUCAGUUUCCGAUCGCCAUGUCUACAAAUACCGCUGCAACCAUUGCAGCCUGGCUUUCAAGACGAUGCAGAAGCUUGAGAUACAUUCCCAAUACCACGCCAUUCGUGCAGCCACAAUGUGCAGCCUCUGCCAGCGCAGCUUCAGGACAUUCCUUGCUCUUCGGAAACAUCUGGAGACCGGUCACCCAGAGCUAAGUGAGGCCGAAGUCCAACAGCUCUGUGGGAGCCUGCCUCUAAACGGCGACAUUGUUGAGAGUGAGAUGAGGGCUCUGGAAGAGGCACAUGCCUUUGAAAACGAACUAGACAAAGAGGAUGAGCUUGACCAAGAAGGAAAGGCCAGUCCCACUGGAAGUGAUAGCAGCUCCUUGCUUGAUGACAUGGGUUCAGAGCCAAAGCGUACCUUGCCCUUUAGGAAAGGUCCAAAUUUUACAAUGGAGAAGUUUUUAGACCCCUCACGUCCAUACAAAUGCACAGUAUGCAAAGAGUCCUUCACCCAAAAGAACAUUCUUCUCGUUCACUACAAUUCUGUCUCACAUUUACAUAAGCUAAAGAAAGUGAUCCAAGAAGCCUCAAGCCCAGUUCCCCAGGAGACCAGCAACAAUGUUGACAACAAACCAUACAAAUGCAAUACAUGUAACGUUGCUUAUAGCCAAAGCUCAACCCUGGAGAUCCACAUGAGGUCUGUGCUUCAUCAGACAAAAGCCCGAACAGCCAAAAUGGAGUCUAGCAGCAGUACUGGCGGUGGGAGCAGUGGAAGUACUUCAGCUAGAAGCCCCGUUCCACUCAAUCAGGGAAACACAGAUUCUGCAGGUGCACAAGGAUCCUCCAACAAAGAAAACACUGUAGAUGCCAAAGAAGUUACCAUGAAGCAAACUACUGAUCACAUCUCUGUGCAGCCCGCGCACCCAUCAGCUCAGUCACAAGCACAGCUUCAAAUGCAACUCCAGCAUGAGCUUCAGCAGCAAGCUGCUUUCUUUCAGCCACAGUUUUUGAAUCCAGCUUUUUUCCCCCACUUCCCAAUGACACCAGACGCCCUGAUGCAGUUUCAGCAGCCCCAGUUUCUAUUUCCCUUCUACAUUCCCGGUGCUGAAUUUAACAUUAGCCCUGAGCUUGCAUUGCAUUCAGCUGCAUUCGGGAUGCCUGGCAUGACAGGAUCGUUCCUAGAAGAUCUGAAGCAACAGAUGCAGCAACAACACCAACUGGGCCAACAGCAGCAGCUUCAGCUCUCACAGCAGCAAGCCCAGCACCAGGCCUCCCAGUCUCAGAUGCAGCAAAAAGCACAGCAGCUGAGCCAUAGGCCUAAAACUGAGUCCAACCACAUGGCUCUAUCUGAGAUUCAAAUGUCUAAAGAUGCUGAGGAACAUUUAGAGAAACAUGAGAGCAAAGCAAAGCAGGAUUUAGCUACUGAUGGAGAUAGCACAAAAGAGAAUAAAGAUUCCAAAAAGCCUACAUUUUCAGAACCUCUAAUUCCUCCACCACGCAUCAUCUCAGGAGCAAGAGGUAAUGUGGCCAAGGCACUACUUGAAAACUUUGGCUUCGAACUGGUAAUUCAGUACAAUGAGAACAGACAGAAAAGCCAGAAAAAGAACAGAGAGGAAGGACUGACUGAAAAACUAGAAUGUGGAGUUUGUGGGAAAUUGUUCUCCAACAUACUCAUUCUUAAAAGCCAUCAGGAACAUGUGCAUGGCCAGUUUUUUCCUUAUGUGGAGCUUGAGAAGUUUGCCCAGCAGUACAGGGACGCAUAUGACAAGCUGUACCCCAUAAACCCAGCAUCUCCAGAAACUCCACCACCACCCCCACCUCCUGCUCCAGUGACUACGCUCCCUGCUUCCACAUCAGUGGGGAGGUCACAGACACCAUCACCUGCACCUCUACAGAUUCUUCAACAACCACCACCUCCCCCUCCACCCCCACCACCUCCACAACACACUGCACCUCCUCAAGUCCAGCUCCCUGUUUCUCUCGACAUGCCAAUGUUCCCACCACUGAUGAUGCAAUCAGUGCAGCACCCUGGGCUACCCCCACAGCUUGCACUGCAGCUUCCAACAAUGGACUCUUUAUCUUCUGACCUCACACAGUUAUGUCAACAACAACUGGGACUAGAUCCAAACUUCCUGCGGCAGUCUCAGUUCAAGCGUCCUCGCACCAGAAUCACAGACGAUCAGCUGAAAGUCCUCCGCGCUCACUUUGACAUCAAUAACUCUCCCAACGAAGAGCAGAUUCAAGAAAUGGCUGACAAAUCUGGCCUUCCACAGAAGGUCAUAAAGCACUGGUUCCGCAACACUCUCUUCAAAGAGCGUCAGAGGAGUAAAGAUUCCCCUUACAAUUUCAGCAUUCCACCCAUGACCACACUGGAAGAUAUCAGACUUGAAUCCCAAGUAAACAUGCUGGAGUACUACAGAACUGAUGCUACGGCGAACAAAAGGUCAUCAAGAACACGUUUCACUGAUUAUCAGCUACGAGUUCUCCAAGACUUCUUUGAUACCAACGCUUACCCGAAGGAUGAUGAAAUCGAGCAGCUCUCCACUGUUCUCAACCUGCCGACAAGAGUGAUUGUGGUGUGGUUUCAAAACGCCCGACAGAAGGCCCGAAAAAGUUACGAGAACCAAGCCGAUGCAAAAGACACUGAAAAGAAAGAACUAACAAAUGAACGAUACAUCAGGACCAACAAUAUGCAGUACCAAUGUAAGAAAUGCAACGUAAUUUUCCCCCGAAUUUUCGAUCUUAUUACUCACCAAAAAAAGCUAUGUUAUAAAGAUGAGGACGAUGAGGCUGGAGAUGAAAAUCACUCUGAGGAAUCAGCAGAGAACAAUGAGCAGAUUAUGACAAAGCAUACAGAGCCAUCAAGACAACCUUUUAUAACAGCAAGCAGCUCUGGCUCCAGCUCCCCCUUAAUGCCAUCACCUCGACCUGAUGUAGGGAAAACCUCACCAAAACCUGAACUUCUCCAUGAAAAAUCAAAGGUUGGAGAAAAUGCCCUUUUGCAAAACCCCAAAAGCUCGACUGAUCUAAAAUCUCCCAAGGCCUCGACCCCACAGCCCCCACAACAGAAAGUACCACAAAUAUCAAGACCCCAUUCACAGCCCCAGUCUGCAGCUGUUCCUUCAAGUCCUCUGUCCAUCGCAUUAUCUUCACUCAACAACAGCCUCCCCCCACAGAUGCUACAGUACCACUGUGAUCAGUGCAAAAUCGCUUUCCCAACAGUAGAACUUUGGCAGGAGCACCAGCACAUGCAUUUUCUGGCAGCCCAAAACCAAUUCCUACACUCCCAGUUUUUAGAAAGGCCAAUGGAUAUGCCCUAUAUGAUCUUUGACCCCAAUAACCCCCUUAUGACUAGUCAGCUCCUAUCCGGAGCCCUGUCGCAGAUGCCAACUCCAAGCAACUCUGGCCUUGCCUCCACUGUUAGCUCUAACGCCAUGAAACGCAAAUUAGAGGAAAAAGAUGAUGGCUCUCAUGAAAAAGAUAGCAUUAACAGUGGUGAAGAUCAGCACAGAGAUAAACGUCUCCGAACUACUAUUACUCCAGAGCAACUCGAGAUCCUCUAUGAGAAGUACUUACUUGAUUCAAACCCAACACGAAAAAUGUUAGAUCACAUUGCUCAUGAGGUUGGGCUGAAGAAAAGAGUCGUCCAAGUCUGGUUUCAGAAUACCCGGGCUAGAGAGAGGAAAGGGCAAUUUAGAGCACUUGGGCCUUCCCAGUCUCACAAAAAGUGUCCAUUCUGCAGGGCGUUAUUUAAGGCCAAGUCAGCUUUAGAUAGUCACAUUCGUUCAAGACACUGGCAUGAGGCUAAACAGGCAGGCUUUAGUUUGCCUCCUAGUCCAAUGAUGGCUCAAGAGGAUGAAGGUCAAAGCCCUCAAAAGCACAAUUUUUCAGACUAUUUACAGAUGGCCACAAAGACUGAGGUGAAUGAUAGUGAGCUUCCAACCGCAUCCUCCACUCCAGUCAAAACGUCUGAGCUGGCGUUAAGAAACCUAUUGAACUUAUCUUGCCUAAAAACAGAAAACAGUGAUGAACUUGAUGGGCUUAACAUGAGUUCCACAGAGGCCUCUUUUGAUGCCAGCAAAAUUGACUUUGAUGAGACCUCCUCAAUUAACACGGCCGUAAGUGAUGCUACAACUGGAGACGAGACCAAUAAUGAGGUUGAGAAUCUCACAAUUAAUGGAAGUGAGAAAAUGAGUGAGAACAAAACAAACCAAGCACAACUUAUGGAGCUAAAUGAGGACAGAUUCCUUUUCAGCAUGGUUAGCCCAUCGCAAAGUUUCUCUGGCAAAGACAGUGACUACUUCUAUUGCAGAGAAGAGGACUUUGAAGACAAUGCAGACAAGAGCGAAACUUCAAGUUUAGCAGAUCCAAGUUCUCCCAGUCCGUUUGGAGCUGCCAAUCCCUUCAAGUCUGCACACGCUGGCGGGGAGAGACCGGGCCACAAGCGUUUUAGAACCCAAAUGAGCAACCUACAGCUUAAAGUCCUCAAGGCUUGCUUCAGCGACUACCGCACACCUACUAUGCAAGAGUGUGAAAUGCUGGGCAGUGAAAUAGGACUCCCAAAACGUGUUGUGCAGGUUUGGUUCCAGAAUGCCCGUGCAAAGGAAAAGAAAUUCAAAAUAAACAUUGGAAAGCCAUUCAUGAUAAGCCAAGGUUCCCCAGAUGGGCCCAGGCCUGAGUGUAUAUUAUGUAGAGUGAAGUAUACAGCCAGACUUUCGAUUCGUGACCAUAUAUUCUCAAAGCAGCACAUAGCAAAGGUGCAGGAAACCCUGGGGAACCAGGUUGAUCGUGAAAAAGACUAUCUAGCACCUACCACUGUCCGCCAGCUUAUGGCUCAACAAGAACUUGACCGUUUGAAGAAGGCAACCGAUAUACUCAACUUGCCAGCCCAGCAGCAACCCUCAGUGGAUAAUAAUGCACUUCAUGGCCUUAGCCUGCCAACUGCCUACCCGGGAAUAUCUGGUCUCCCGCCAGUACUACUUCCUGGUGUCAAUGGGCCAUCCUCGCUUCCAGGUUUUCCACCAAAUACACCUGCUUUAGCGUCUCCUGGUGCUGGCAUGCUUGGGUUCCCUACUCCAGCCACCCCUUCUCCUGCCAUGUCUCUCAGCAGUACCCCAACCAAGUCUCUUCUUCAGACACCUCCUCCUCCUCCUCCACCCCCCGCACUUCCUCUUGCUCCUUCUCCUUUGGCAGCAAAUCAGACUGAGCAGCACAUAAAAGAAUCCGAGAAAGACAAGAAGUUUGAGAAGCCCAAGGUCAAAGAAGCCAACACUGCCCGCCCCGAGACCCCCAUCGUUAAGAAAAGGGAAAAGUCCUCGCAGAUGAUUGGCAAAUUGGGAAGUGAGGCUCAGAUGGACUCAGCACAACUGCAAGCACUUCAGAAUGCCAUCGCUGGUGACCCAGGCUCCUUCUUAGGUGGACAGUUCUUGCCUUAUUUCAUCCCUGGCUUUGCGUCGUGUUUCUCGCCCCAACUUCCUGGCGGAGUACAGGGGGGAUAUUUCCCUCCUCUGUGUGGAAUGGAGAAUCUGUUCCCCUAUGGUCCCGCUAUGCCCCAGGCGAUCGCGGGGCUUUCCCCAACUGCCCUGCUUCAGCAGUACCAGCAGUCCCUCCAGGAUUCCUUACAGAAGCAGCAGCAAAAGCAAAGCGAACACAAGCAGAAACCCCCCUCUAUGAAGUCACAGCAUAGCAACUCUGUCAAACCAAAAGAGGCUAUCGAGAACAAGGAUGAUAAAGGCUCUUCAACAGAAAGCACAAAUGGAGAAGCCCAAACAGAUACCAAAAGUCCAGGCUUUCCAGAUGCGUUUAUCGUUCCGUCCAUCAAACACGAGUUUAUAUGUAGAAAGUGCCAGAUGAUUUUCGCUGACGAAGACUCUGCGGCUCGCCAUCAGAAGUCUUUCUGUUACUUUGGUCACCCGUUCAUCGAUCCGCAAGAGACAGUGCUUCGUAAGGCAGUGAGCAAGUAUAACUGCGUAGCCUGCAAGGUGUCCGUCAGUGGGAACGAAGCACUUGGCCAACACCUUCAGUCCAGCGUGCACAAAGAGAAAACAAUCAAACAAGCAAUGAGAAAUGCCAAAGAGCAUGCUAGAUUAUUACCUCACUCAGUCUGCUCCCCUUGUCCUAACACCACAUCUACCUCGCAGUCUGCAGCUUCUUCAAAUAACACCUUGCCUCAUCUCUCUCACUUGUCCAUGAAGUCCUGGCCAAAUAUUCUUUUCCAGGCCUCAGCCAGGAAAGCUGCUUCCUGCCCAUCUGCUUCUCCUCCUACCCUUUCCUUGCCUUCAACGGUUACCUCAACUUCGUGCAGCACCUCAGGGGUUCAAACCUCACUACCCACCGAAAGUUGUUCAGACGAGUCUGACAGCGAGUUAAGCCAGAAGCUGGACGACUUAGAUAACACGUUGGAAGUGAAGGCUAAGACACCGUCUGGCCUAGAUGGCAAUUUCAAUAGUAUCAGAAUGGAUAUGUUCAGUGUGUAGGAGUGAAAAACGGAUCCCUUGCUUAAAAGACAAAAAAAAAGACUUUAACCGCAGUUCCAAAGUUUCUCUAACCCAAAAAGUUACAGUACCAAAAGAUUGACUCAGGAUUGUUUUUCCCAUAUUGAUAUGCUGGCAAGAUAUUGAUUGAUUUUUGUUAUGGACAGAACUGUUGCAGAUGCUUGACUGAGCUUAUAUUGUAUACAAAAAAAAACAAGGAAUAGGAAAACUUUCACAAGUUCUUUUGGAGCUUGAUUCAAGCCAAAAAUUCUCACGAUAGCAAAUUGCACCUCCGCUGGAUUGAUUUCCAAAUGCUAGCAUGUACUGUAUGGGAUAAUGAUCCAGAACUUUCAAAGAGAAUUUCUCUUAGUUUAGUUAGGUGUAAUUCAGUAGCUUUAAAUUCUCAGGUCAGAACAUAACAUUUCUCAUUUGUUGAAACAGCAACGAAGCCUGCUUAUAAAUGGCUUUUACCAAAACAUGUCAAGCUUUAUUGGAGGCGUUUCCUUGAUGUGUGUAGUGUACCAAGAGACAAUAUAACUGUUCCAGGACAACGCGCAUAUCCUUUUAGUUUGCCCGAGUAUGAAUUUUACCACUGAGGGAAUUUAGAACGGUAAAGUAAAAUGUGUUGAACGCUCCCGUGUUUGCCAGUUUGUAUUGCCACAAGCUGUAUUUAUAUACAACACCCCUUUUCUUGUAGAAUCUACUAAUAAUCUGUGCCAACUCUUACCUUCUUUCUUUUACCUCUCAUCACACCCUUUUCUGAAGAGGUAAUAAUUCUAGUUUUGAUAGACUCUCUUGAAGAUUAUGUGAAUAGAACAUUUUUCAUUUGUGAAUUGCUAUACUGUUACGGUACUUGCUUGUGUCUGGACUAUAGUGCACUUAUUUUGUUCCUCUUUUUUUUUUGGUAGGCCAUGUCUUAAUUUAAUAGAUAUCAGUUUUUGGUGUUUGUUUGUUUGUUUGUUGGUUUGUUUUAAUUAUUAUUUGUGUGUAGGUCAGCAGCAGAUUGGUCCACAAUUGUUAGAAACCUUUUGACACCUAACAAUCCAGAGACAUUCAAUUGGUGCAUCCAUGAAAGUAGUACUGUAUACUGUAAACUGUAAAAGUGCAAGUUGGACAAAAUAAGUGAAAAAAAACAAAGCUGCUUUAAAACGGGGCAAAGCUUUUGUUUUAUCAAAUGAAAUUAUUGUUUUUCCUAUAAGACUGAACAUAGUGUUACCAUUACACACUGCCAUAUAGUGGAUGGGCCAUUUCUUCAAUUUUUCUCUGGGCACUUCUCGUAAAGUCACCAUUUUCCAUCUUGUUUAGUGAUACAAGUAUUAUCUUACAACGUUUUGCUGCUACUGUGUACAUUUUUUUUUUUGAGUGUGUUUUCUUUUAAUUUUCGUUUUUUAUCGCUUGCCAUACAUUUCAGAUUCCUACUAGACUGAUUCAUGAAUUACAUUGCUUUACUGUCUUCGUUUCGUUUUCGGCUAUGUAACUUAAAGAAUGUGAACGCUGUCAAGGGUGUUUAAUUUUUUUACGGAUCACUUUCCGGUUUUCUACAGUAGGAAAACGUGAUUCAUUCCAAAGUAACAGAAGGCAUAAUGUAUGAAAGUAAAAGGCUUGUGAACAAAGAAAGCUAAGCUGUUGUACAUAUUCGUAGUUGGCUGUGCAUGGUACAAAUUUAUUAUUAUGAAGAAAUGCAAAAAUGUAUUGCUUUUGGUAUUCCUAUUCUGAGAUGAACAAGUAGCAUGUAAUGCAACUGUUUGACAGGUUAAAUCAAAUCAUGCUUAAAAAUUGUUUCAAACGAUGAAAUUAAGUAACAUUUCAUUUUUAGUUUUUAUUGCUGUACAGGUGAUUUCUUUUGUUAAAGGUAAAAUGUUACACUUUUUAAUUCUUUUUUUUGUGGAAUUUUUAAUGUUCUUAUUUGGAUUCUUUUGUAAUAUUUUAACGCUUAUUUUAAUCCUGAAGACACUUUUUGAUUGUGUUUCUCAAGAGACAUCUUGGCCUCCUAAGGUGCAAUCCUGCCUCUGUCCAAAACAUGAGCGACUGUCCUGAUUCCAAAGGCUUUUUGAACUUUUGAGCUUUUGCCUUUCCCUGAAUGUGGAACAGCAUUUAAAGACUGAACUGUCAGCUGGCACUGUGCGCUAAAGUGUUGGCUUGAACCAGAAUGCUUCCCACACGAAGGAAUGGUAAAGCAAAAAGAAAGAAAAAAAAAAUCCCCAAAAAACAAAGGACGGUCCAAUAAUGUAAUUGUACAUAAACUGCACAGCAGCCAAAAAACCUUUCUACGGAUGGAUAGCGUGUCAAGCAUAGGAGGACAGCCUUCUAAAGGUUGAUAUUAGGAUUGUUCUUCUGGAUUUCAAAGGGAUGAUCGAGACGUAAUCAUACUCUACACAAUACGUACUUUCAACGCCUGGGUAACAUAGGAAAUGCACCCCAUGGUUUUAAUAAAAAAAGACGCCCCUAUGGCUAAAACUUUAAAUAAACUAAACCAAAAAUGUUAUUGAUGUUUUAUAUAUAGAGAGUAGUCUCAUUAGUUUUUGUUACUGUAAUGUUUGAGGUCUCAGCUGUACCGUAUUACGGUAAUAACAUGGUUUUGAAACUUUUUUAUUUUGUCACAGACCUGUUGUCAUAGUUGAAAUGACGUUUAUUGUAGAUGGUAUUUGAACAACUUCUUCUGGAAAUAGUUCAUCAAGUAUGUUUGUUGCUCAUUGUUGUGAUACAUUAAAAACUGUAUCUGCAAACCAA